UUUGGGUGCGCCCUGCUUUGUAUCUCUCCAAUCGGUCAAGAAAUCGUGCGUUUUGCCUUCAUUAAUAUCCUGCAAUUUCGCCUUCCUCAAUGCCCUAAAUCUUCAAUCCAUCAUAGAAAUCAAAAGGGAGUGGCGUCGCUGCAAAGAAAAAUAAGAGAGAAAGACCUGCACAGUGAGGGAGAACAAGGGAGAAACAGAGCUGUCGUUUGGGUUGCUCCGAUUUCUCUAUUCCAAACUACGGUUUUUGAAGAAUUUGUGUCACGGUUUGCUAGAUCAUUUCCAUUUUUCUUCCAUCAAUUAGAUCUGAUGGCUGAUCUGUUGGAAACACCAUCUGCUGAAGCCAUUGCCAGGGUACGCAAUGAGAAGGCUCGGAGAUACUUGAGCAGCAUGAGGAAGAAGAAGCCCAUUCCUUUUUCCCAGAAGUUCCCAAAUGCAGAUCCACUUGCACUUCUCUUAUUAGAAAGAAUGCUGGCAUUUGAACCCAAGGAUCGACCUACUGCUGAAGAGGUUCACAUAAAAUUUGACGUCUCCAAUUGUUAUCGACGAUAUAAUCUACAUUGCCUUUGUUACCUUUUAAGAAAUCUAUUGAUCCUUCAGAGAUACAGAGUACCAACCCCAUCAGAGAGCUGGCUCGAUUUUCUCCCAAAAAUUUCUUCCAUUUGCUCGGUUAACAGAAAGAGAGACAAGCAUAGAGGAAUUAAAAAUCAGUGCCAUGGUUUGUAUCUCUCCAAUCGGUCAAGAGAUGUAGCUGUUCUUCAGAAAAAUUCUCCUUACAAGAUACAUUACAUCGAUUUUGGAAGAAAGAGCAUGACUGGGGGUGGAAAAAAUUCAUGGAGCUGUCAAAAGUGUUAGAUGGGUUUAAUUUUAUAGAAGGCUCAUGUUUGUAAAUGCAAUUGCUCUGGCAUUUUAUCUGGCAGAGGUAUGUUGGGCAAGGCACUGCUGAAUAUUCAACUAAUGAGCAGUUAUCUGAUUCUCAACAUUCGAGUGUGGUUCCUUCAAAAAUGGCUGAUAGACCCGGACCAAUUGAUAAUAUUCUGAUAUAGUUCUAAACAGGAAUGAUAGUGAGUGCAGUGAUUUAGAGCUCCUUGGAACCUUGCGAGAAGAGGUGGACUAUGUUUUAGUUCCUCAAGAAGUUUGAGAAAAGCUUUUUGAUUGGUACAAAGGAGGACCGGCAGUACCGAGGAAGUUGAUUUUACAAGAGGGUGUAAAACAUCGCCAAUUUAAUGUGGAGAUUUUCCCACUUAGUCUUAAUUUGGUUGAUUCAAGAGACGACAGCCAAUCAGUUGUAAUGUUAAGCAAAAUGGUACUAGCUUUUUCUAUUUUAUACUUGAGAAAGAUUUGCAUGAAUUUUCCCUGGAUUAUACAUUGUUUUACUUGAUCACUUUUAAUGCUAAUGAUGUAUGUUGGCUGCUAUAGUUUGCAUUA